CACCUGCCUGCACAGGUAUCGCUCCUGGCCAUUCACCACAUCGCGCGGACAAGUCAGCGCCAGCAGCAUGGCCAUCCAGCGUCGCUUCGGGUGGCAUCCAGCCGAUCUGCAGGAUCACCUGUCCAACACCCUCCGCCAGAACUGGUACCUAGGGUUCACCUCCUUUGGUGGUCCGCCCACGCACUUCAAGAUUUUUCGGGACAAGUUCACCACCAAGCUGCAAUGGGUCGACGAGCAAAUGUACCAGGAGCUCUUCAGCGUCUGCCAGGCCUUCUCGGGCCCCGGCAGUACAAAGAUGCACUACUGCAUCAACCUGCUGCAUGACGGGACCUUGUCCGCGGUCUUUGGCUUCCUUCUGUGGAGUCUUCCUGGCGCCCUGGGCAUGUUCGGCCUUUCCAUUGGCGUGUCCAACAUUGGCGAGACCCUCCCGCGUCCCGCCUAUGCUGUGCUCUCCGGCCUCAACGCCGCCACUGUGGGCAUAGUCGCGCUGGCCGCGGUGCAACUAUCGGAGAAGGCCAUCACCGACAAGCUGACCCGCAUCAUUGUCUUUCUCGGUGCGUCCGCGGGCAUGUUGUACAACGCACUGUGGUAUUUCCCUCUCCUGAUGUUCUUGGCCGGCGUGACGACGGUUGUCUACGACUUCCGCUGGCUGCAUGGUCCUGUCAAGUCUGUGAUUGGUCUUUUCCAGCCUAAGGCGAAGAGGAGACAGGCGCCUGUGGAGGAGGAGGCUGUCGAACUCCCCAACCUAAGACAGUCAACAAGGGACGGCACUGCCAGCCACAGCACCGCCGACGGCGCAAGCCCGGCCGCGGCCGCCUAUGCGCCUCCCGAGUCCGAGACCGAGCCCCGGGUCGUCCCUGCAGACAGGCAGUUCAACCUGAGCUGGCAGACCGGACUGGCCAUAAUCGUCGGGUUCCUCAUCUCGUUUGCCGUCAUCAUGAUCCUGCGCGGUACUCUGCCCGCCAAGUCCCUCCUCUUCAGCCUCUUCGCCAACAUGUACCUCGCCGGCACCAUCAUCUUUGGCGGUGGUCCCGUCGUGAUCCCCCUGCUGCGCGAGUACACCGUCGCUGAGGGUUGGCUCAGCACGCGCGACUUCCUCAUCGGCCUGGCCAUCACGCAGGCGUUUCCCGGCCCCAACUUCAACUUUGCCGUGUACCUGGGCAGCCUGACGGCCAUCAAUGGCGGAUACCCCGCCGCAGCGGGUGCCGCGCUGGGGUUCGCGGGCAUGUUCGCCCCCGGACUGAUCACCGUCCACGGCACCAUGGGCGUGUGGCAUGCGAUCCGUGGCUGGCGCUGGGUCAAGUCGUCGCUGCGCGGGAUCAAUGCCGCGGCCGUUGGGCUCAUCUACACGGCCGUGUACCGGCUCUGGCAGACGGGCUAUAUCGACGAGAGCUACCAGCUGGGCACAAACUUGGGGCUUGAUCCGUGGUGGGUGGUUGUCACGGCGGGGAGCUAUGUGGGCGGCUACUGGUUUGGCGUGAGCCCGCCGGUCGCUAUUCUCGUGGGUGCCGUGAUGGGUCUAGUGUGGUAUGGUGUGGUGUCUACGUAGGUGUGUUUCCGCCAGUACGGGGCAGGCUUUGGGCGUGGAGCCGAUUUCAGCAUGACUGGGGAAACAGCUGCGCCCUCAACUAAUCCCUCAAGGUCAGGAUUAUGUCCGGGGCAGCUAAGACGAGUAGGGCUGGUCAGACGCUGCGCCGGUGUGAUACGGUCAGUCUGGGCAGACGAUGCAGGGUUUGACAGAGACA